CGCGACAGUGAUCGAAUUCGGAAAAGAUGGUCUUUCCCGGUCGCUUCAGCACCGGCUGCCUGCGCUGCCGUCAGCGCAAAGUUAAGGUGAGACAGCACCGCCAACCCCCCCGAACAGACCUUGUAUCGGAAGCCAAUAAACAGUGUGGAGCAAUGGCAACAACAAACCCCCCGGGACCCGGCCUGGCCUAGAUGGCUGCUUACAACAAAUUUGGCGGCGAAAAAUUCCGCUUACAGUCGUACAAGAACUGCGGCCGAGCCAUCCGCAUGCUGCAGGAUAUUGUGGGGACUGAAGAGCAAGCUACCGACGACAAGGUCCUCGCCUCCAUCUUGCUUCUGUGUACGCUCAAGGUACGUAUCACCGCCGCCGCCGCCACCACCACCACCACCGCUGUGACAUGAUCUCGCCGC